AUGAGCACGGGCAAAAGGCGGGCCAGCAAGGAAGUAGCAACGACGACAGAGAGGUGCGGUGGUAUCGCCGUGUGUCGGAUGCAAAUCGGGUCGGCGUGCUUGAAUUAUGAUGUGUGGAUCCCGCAAAAUGGACCCACCGCUGCGACCGGUUCCGUCCCCGUAUCUGCCCGGUCUGUGUUAUUUGAGGGUCUGGCGUCCGGCAACGCAUCAGCUAUCCCCGCUGUCAUCACUCGCUCAAAUAGCAAACUCAAUAAGCAAGUUUUAGGUACUUGUUACUGCACUUUUGAGGUUCAAUCGAACUUUUCAGAAUCGCCUCAUGCGGCAACCACAACGGCCCUGAUGCCCGUGCGAGGCAGUGAUAAUGCACGUCUCAACGCCAGGUGUGCGAUUGGCAGCCAAAGACUGUCCCAGCGGCCGCCGUUCCCAAGUGGUUUCAGCGAUAGAAAACACAUGGAACGGUCGGAGACCUCACGCAGUCAAGACGCGCCGUCACCAUUGAGACCAGUGUUUGUGAUAGAAAGAGGUGAGCGCCGCGCGUUUCCCUAUCACAUUGGACAACAACGCCAUCAACUCUACUGGGCAGUCGCAGUGGCAAACUCGACGGGCGCCGUCAAAUCGGAAUCCGAGCCUGGACUUGAGAUUGCACAUGUCGACCACUCAGCAGUGUCGACACUGAUUCUCACACAACCAAGGCUGUCUAAGAUUUCAGUUCUGAUGCGAACACGGGUUUGA